CACACUUCCCAUCCCCAACACCCACUCAAGUCUCGUAGAGGUCAAGUUCCUGAUUACGCUGACAAGAAGUGUCUUCUUUGCGAGAAGGGAUUUCGUCAAUUUCACCUCUGUGAUGUUUGUAACUACAGCAUAUGUAGCGCAUGUAUGAGAAAUCCACCACCGCUAAACAUCCAAUGCUUGAAGACACAUGAACAUCAACUUCAUCUUUUUUCAAGACUCAUUGACUUCACUUGCAAUGCUUGUGGGACGCAAGGUAGCCGAAGCCCUUAUUUAUGUCCUCCAUGUAAUUUCAUAAUCCAUCGAGAAUGCAUUGAUCUACCACGCGUCAUAAGCAUAAACCGCCAUGAUCACCGCAUCUCUUACACCCCUCACCUUGGACAUCGAAAGUUGAAAUGCAGAGUUUGCCGUAAAGAAGUUGAUGGGUUCUACGGGGCUUAUACUUGCUCAAAGUGCCCUAGUUUUGCUGCUCAUGCAAGAUGUGCAACAAGAAGAGAUGUAUGGGACAUGGUUGAACGAGAAGGGACACCUGAAGAAGAGGAAAUU